GUACGCAGCACGCUCCCAUCUCCACAGAGCAAAAACAACAGAACAUCCACUCGACAACAUCGGCUCCAAGUUGCGUUCACGACCACUCUUUACAAUUCCAUUCCUAAUUCAAGGCGACCACGAGUUGCAGGUCUUGUCAAUUGAACUGCAUGGUCACUUCGAUACAAGCUUAACCUUCUCGACCUGCUUCCGUCUGUCCCGGUGAUCAGCUAGACGCACGUCUCCUGCAUUUUCGCGUCAAUAACCACAAAAGCUCGCGAUUACAAAGGCGUCUCGAUUCACACACGUCUAUUUUGUGUAGUUUCUCGCGCCAAAGGACUAGCCCGUGCUAUUAAAAAAUCCUCCUUGGCCACUAUGCCCCCAGCCCGGACUGCGCGGGGACAGUUGGUCUCGAACGAGAACGAUGAGAAUGCAGGGUCAACACGCAUGACAAGGACGAAGGCCAAAGCCGCCGCCCUCAAUGUUGACGAGCUUGCACUUCCCACGAAGCAGUUGCAAACAAAGAAGGGGGUUGCUGGUAAACCCGCGCCGACGACAAGAACCACACGUAAUGCUCUCGGAGAUGUGAGCAAUGUCACCAAGGUCGAUGCUGGAAGGAAAGCAGUUGGAGGAAAAGCCGGUGCAGUCGCGAAGGCUGCCGCCCCAGCCGGGGUACAGAAGAGCAGCGCGCGUACGGCGCCGACCCGGAGUGCACUAAGCAGCAAGCCAGCCAACGUCACAAAUGGAAACGCCGAGAAGCAGUCGGGUAGGGGCACACUCUCCAAGAGGAAAGCACCUGCCCAGGCCGCUGCAAACAAUAUCAAGGAGGAGUCCACACUAGAGGGAGAGCCGGCUCGCAAGCAAGCGCGCGUCGCCGCUACUGCUGCCGUCGACACGAAGCGAGCAGCUCCCGCGAAGGAGCUCAAGUGUGUCGAGCCUGAACUCAAACCUACCAGAGAGUUCAUCCGUGACCCACGGCUUCUGGCAGGUGAAGUCCCUCCCGGCGUUAUCGAUCUUUCCAUGGACGACUAUGACGACCCUCUGAUGGUGGCCGAGUACGCCGAGGAGAUUUUCAGUUAUAUGUUGAAUCUCGAGCUUAGCUCAAUGCCCAACCCCAACUACAUGGACCACCAGGACGACGUUGAGUGGAAGACACGAGGCAUUCUCAUCGAUUGGCUGAUUGAGGUGCACACUCGCUUCCAUCUUGUGCCGGAAACCCUGUUCCUCGCUGUCAACAUCGUCGACCGCUUCCUUUCUGAGAAGGUUGUGCAGCUAGACCGCCUGCAACUUGUUGGAAUCACUGCCAUGUUCAUCGCUUCCAAGUACGAGGAAGUCAUGUCACCCCACGUUACCAACUUCCGCCACGUUACCGACGACGGCUUUAGCGAGAGCGAGAUUCUCAGCGCCGAGCGCUUUAUCCUUUCGACCCUGAACUACGACCUGAGCUACCCCAACCCCAUGAACUUCCUUCGUCGGGUAUCCAAAGCAGACAACUAUGACACUCCGUGCAGAACCAUUGGCAAGUAUCUCAUGGAAAUCAGCCUUCUCGAUCAUCGCUUCUUGCAGUACCGCCCCAGUCUUGUUGCCGCAUCUGCUAUGGCUCUCUCCCGUAUUAUUCUUGACCGCGGUGAAUGGGACAAGACCAUCUCAUACUACUCGGGUUACAACGAGGAUGACGUUGAGCCCGUUGUAAACCUCAUGGUUGAUUACCUCUCUCGCCCCGUUAUUCAUGAGGCAUUCUUCAAGAAAUAUGCCAGCAAGAAAUUCUUCAAGGCAUCCAUCCUGUCACGCAACUGGGUCGAGGAGAAUGGUUAUCUCUUUGGCAUUGACCAAACAGACGUAGCUAUCGACCAGCUGUAGGAGAUUUCCCUCGAAAAAAAACAUCAAUUCGACAUUUCAUCAUGUCUUCUGUGCCAGAUUGCCACCUUUCCCAGGAUACCCUUUGGAUGGGAAGUUUUGGACCUACAUGUCAUUCACGGAGGUCAUUACACCAUUCAUGUAUCAGCAAGUAGCCUCUCCGGGCAUAUUAUCGCAUGACAACUGGGUGUCAUUCGUUGGGCUUUUUGCUCCUAAGAUUGCCGUCGUGCGGCUUAUUUCUUUUCUCGACCCUCGUUAUUCUUUCCCACCGUUUAUCGAAUUUCAUUGCAGGAGUUUUCGCACACAUGGCAUUGCGACGGCGAAUGGCGUCUGUAGCCAUUUGAUUUCCAGGCUGAAGACUCAUUGUUCUACGUCGAGCGUGUGCGUCUUCUUUGCUUGAUAUUAUGGCAAGCCGCCCAAGCCUCAAGUUUUUUUUUAUGGGGGCUGCUCUGGGGGUCUAUCUUUUUAUUUCUCUCUUCUAUUCUUGUUUCAUUUGCAUUGUUCAUUGAUGCACUACCGCGUUUGUCAGAGAUUCACACGUUCCGGCAUGGGGUGCCCAUGCUUUUGCACUGUUGUUAGCACUUCUGAGUUUUAUCUUUUGUUUUUUGUAUUCAUGAUUCCUUGGGCUCGAUAUUGGAGGAGAACACAAUAAUGAAGGAUUAAGGGGGAGAUCGGGCCAACGGCUUUCAGAGUUACAUUAUGCGUCAGAUCAGAAGCCUUUUUUGGAGCCAUGAUUCAACCGUAGCAACGAUUAGAUGCUACGGUUCCCCGGCCAAGAAAAGUGUUCGGAGGAGGUUGUGUGUAUAUACUGGUCGCUGGAUGUGUUGGUCUAAGUUCUGAUGGGCGUCUCGUUUAAUGAUUUUUGGGCGCAUGGUUGGGUUCUAUGGAGAAAAGGGUACACUUCUGAAAAUUGCCACUGUUCUUAACGUCUUGUCCUAAUCUACUUUACCAUCGUGACAGCACCGGUUGAUGUCGGGUAAUCAGCCCUUGGUGCUAGCUCUGUCUGGGUUUCGUGCAUAGAAGCUCAAUAUGCUUGUCGUGAUCGUCCCAAG